GUGAUAGUCAACAAAAGCUAGACCACAACCAUCACUACUACCUCCCGGUGCUGUCGAUUAUAUCUGUCCUCCAGUUAAUCGGCGAUAGUAGUGGUGACCACUUGAGUGAAAUCUGAAAACUAUGUCCCGCCGACCGACGCCAACAACAACAUCAUCAUCGGCCGUACCACCGAUGGUUAGUCCUAAUAAAUCACGGCCACCGCCACAAGUACCGAUUCAAUCGGUGACCACUACAUUGAUUACCCGAUUGGAUGCGUCGCCAGUCAGGAGGCGUCGACAGGUUAUGCAACCGACACCUCUGGUCUACGCUAUGAACAAUAACUCGUCAUCAAUGCAUCUAAGAAGUGGCGGCCAGUCGUCAUCGAUGACUACCGACGACUACUACUCAGAUCGCGGAUCUAUUACCACAUCGAUGGCCACUACGACAAGCUUGGCCAGUGCGCAACAGUAUCGGCCACCAGUAGUGGCGGCCAAUGUUAAUGUUAGACAAACAUCGCCGCCGCCGACAUCAGCGACUACAGCGAGGAAGACCACAACCACCGCCGCCGCAGCCGUCCGACAACAACAAACUGUGACCAACGGUACGACCAGCCGUAGUGAUGGUAGUGACCAUAAUAACUGGCGUCCGCAUCAUCAAGAAAUUCGUCGGCAAAUGAGCGACGAAUAUCGCAAACUCAUGUCCUAUGAUAGCACCGGUAGCGGCAGCGGCGGCCCCGGAGGUAGUUAUCGGCGGACAACUACCAGAACUGAUAGCAGUAGUGGCGGCGGCGGCGCCGUCAGCGGUGUCCGCACAACAAACGGAAGUACAACAAGACGUAAACCUAGUGAUAAUCAACAAACAAACGGUGAUAUUAGCAAUACUAGUGAUAGACAACAGUUGUCGUCGUUGUCAUCGUCGACAACAACAACACCGCCGAAGUCACCACUGGCUCCGUCGGCUGUUUCGUCGCCGACUUCGGUACGCGACUCUGUGUUGUCCAACGCUACUGUCACAGCCGUUACCGAUGACGAGGACGACGAUGUGUCAGUAGUACCGAAAGUGGUGGUCAAUAGUCGACAGUGCAAUAGAUACGGCUUUUUUAUGGACUCGAAUAAGACGGAUGUCGUUCCCGAACUGACUAAACUGGAGAUUCAUUUGCUACGAAAACGGGAGAAAAAGUGGAUCCAAAUGCUGGACAAAUGGGACAAAUAUAUUAACAAUCGGUGGGCAAAAGUUAGGGACCGGUGUCGCAAAGGUAUACCCCAUUCGAUGCGCGGUCAGGCCUGGCUUCAUCUGUGCGGCGGACAUCAUCAGAUACGCCAACAUCCCGACGCUUACGGUAAUCUCUGCCGACAGUCCGGCGAUCCGCAGAUUGUCGACGAAAUACGUAAAGAUAUUCACCGACAGUUCCCGAAUCACGAACUAUUUGACCAACCGAUGGGCACCGGACAACGGGAUCUGCUGAAUGUGUUGAAAGCAUUUUCCAUAUUGAAACCAGAUAUCGGCUACUGUCAGGGUCAGGCCCCGAUCGCAUCGGUACUACUAAUGCAUAUGCCGGCCGAACACGCUUUCUGGUCUCUGGUGGCCAUUUGCGACCACUAUCUGCCCGGCUAUUUUUCGCCCGGCCUCGAAGCCAUCCAACUGCACGGCGAUAUGCUGUUCGCAUUUAUCAAACGAUUUGCGCCCAACGCCCACAAACUAAUGGAGAAGCAAAAAAUCGAACCGAUAUUGUUUAUGACCGAAUGGUUUAUGUGUGUAUUCGCCCGAACCCUUCCCUGGCCAUCGGUGCUCAGGGUUUGGGAUAUGUUUCUCUGUGAAGGUAUCAAAAUUGUAUUCAAAUGUGCAAUAGUGUUAGUAUCGGAUACUAUGCGUGCGGCCAACAAAAAAACAUGUCCAUCAAUGUACGAAACUCUGGAAAGGCUUAGACAACCGUCCCAUUGGACAACUAAUGAGUCGAUAUUAGUUGACUCGAUAGUCCGGUGCGAUCUACACGACGGUGACCUACAGCGGGAACAUAAUAUUCAGGAGAAGCGCCGAUCGAAACAAAAACAACAACAAAAAACAAAAAUUUCCGCAAAUAAUAAUAAUAACAGGACUAAUGGCAAACAUAGACAAUAA